GUUGCCGGCUCGGCCGUGCCCGCUCCGGGUCCGUGCGGGGCGGUGUCGGGGGUCUCUGGGGGUCUCGGGCCGGUCCCGGUGCCUAUGAACCUCUUCGCCACCUGGGAGAUCGACCGCUCGGCGCCCAGCUGCGUGCCCAGGCUGUGCAGUCUCCGCCUGAAGAAGCUGACCGUGCUAAGGGAACUGGACAAGGAGCUCAGCUCUGUGCUCAUUGCUGUGAAGAUCCAGGGUUCAAAGAGAGUCCUGAGAUCCAAUGAAUAUGUUCUGCCCCCUGGAGGCUUGAUGGAGACUGACCUGGAACUGACAUUUUCGUUGCAGUACCCACACUUCCUGAAACGCGAUGGCAACAAGCUCCAAAUCAUGCUCCAGCGCAGAAAGAGGUACAAGAACCGCACUAUUUUGGGCUACAAGACCCUGGCAGUGGGCAUCAUCAACAUGGCUGAGGUCAUGCAACACCCAACAGAUGGAGGGCAGCUCCUGGGCCUCCACAGCAACAUCAAGGAUGUGAGCAUUCGAGUGGCCGAAAUCAGCAUCUACUCUCUCUCUAGCCAGCCCAUUGAUCACGAAGAUGGAAACGUCCCCUCCGGCCCCAAAAUCAAAGCUGAUCGCUCUCCAGAUAUUGACAACUACUCUGAAGAAGAGGACGACAGCUUUUCCUCCGAGCAGGAAGCCAGCGAUGAUGCCGUGCAAGGCCAGGAUUUAUAUGAUGAAGAGGAUGAAGUGAGGAAGCCAAAGAAAGCCAGGCGGAAAAUGAUCAGAACCACAUCGAUGACCAGACAACCAAACUUCAAGCAGAAAUUUGUUGCCUUGCUGAAGAGGUUUAAAGUGACAGACGAGGUUCUGGAUUCUGACCCAGUGGAUCAGACGCAGGAAGUGGAAGAGGACCUGGGUCUGCUCUACGACAGCCUCGAGGAAUGCAACAACAGUGACAGUGGCCCCGAGAUAGAGGAUAACGAAAGCGUCCACAGCACUCCAAAGCCCACCCUGAGGCGCUUCUUUGAGGGCGUCUCUCACUCUGGUUCCCAGACUGAGAUCAGCAGUCUGCACGGCCAAAAGGGGCAGGAGCGAGAGUCGGGCAGCCCUGGAGAAGCAGAGAAGCGGAAAGUGGGUGUCCCUCGCACCCAAGACGAGGGUGCCAUGGAAACGGCAGCUAUGGAGCUGGAGGUUGACGAAUCCUGCCCAGGAGGACCAGGCGAGACAGUCCUGAAGGAGAGCAGCGUGGACAGGCUGGCCCAGCUGAACAGCAGCAGCAAGCCGGAGUUCCCAGCCACUGUUUCUCCCAGCAAAGUUGAGAACAAGCAGUUGUGGCGGCCGCGCAGCAUGUCCGUCAAGGACAGGCAGAACUCCAGGGGCCAGGGCGAUCGAACCAGCAGCCUGGACAGCGAGAGCUCCCCAGACUCACGGCAGGGCACCCAGGUGCCCCGAAAGUCUGUGUAUGAUCAGCUCAACCAGAUCCUGGUCUCGGAUGAGCAGCUGCCCGAGAGCAUCAUCCUGGUGAACAUAGCCGAGUGGCAAGGCCAGUACCUGUGUGACCAGUUGCAAGAGCACAAGCAGCCCAUUGUCUCCACCUGCUCCAUGGCGGAUGUGCAGGCCGCUUUCAACACCAUCGUCUCUCGCAUCCAGAGAUACUGUAACUGUAAUUCCCACAUGCCUCCCCCAGUGAAAGUGGCCGUCGCAGGGGACCAGAGCUACCUGAGCAUCGUCCUGCGCUUUUUUGUGGAGCAGCUAGCCGGCAAGACCCCGGACUGGCUCAACUAUCUCCGUUUCCUCGUGGUGCCGUUGGGCUCUCACCCCGUGGCCAAGUACCUUGGCUCUGUGGACAACAGGUACAGCACCUUGUUCCUGGAUGCAGCGUGGAGAGAGCUGUUUAGCAGAAUUGAACCCCCUAGUUCAGACACAGUGGAUGUCCCUGGUCGGGUCGUCCAGUUCAUCACUGGCGCCAACGUGUCCCACCAGUUGCCCAUUUCCGAGGCCAUGUUGACCUACAAGCAGAAGAGUUCAGGUGUGUGGGGUACUUCAAGCCCUGCUGUUCUCUGCUUGCCCCUACAGCCAUCGGGGACUGGCACACACCCUGAUGAGGAUUCCUGCCAGAAGUUUGUGCCGUUUGUCGGGGUGGUGAAGGUGGGCCUUGUGGAGCAGUCCUUCAACACCUCAGUUGAUUCUGACGAUGUGACCAUCUGCACCACUUCGCUGCUCAGCUCAUCGUCUCCAUCUGGCGGAGGCAUCCCCUAUACCAAGGAGGUGGUGGGUACCCCUCCGCCCUCCCCAUCGGUCAGCAGCGGGCUCUCGGGAGCUGGCAACCUGAGUCCUGGCGUGGAGGUGAUGGGCCUGCAGGUCGAUUACUGGACAGCGCAGGGUCCAGAGAAGAGGAAAGAGGCCGAGAAGCGGGAGACAGGCAUGAAAAACACUCUGAAGAGCAACUUCCGCUCCCUGCAGGUCAGCCGCAUCCCUGGCCCUGGGGAGCUGACCGCCCCCAACACCAUGGCCAUGACUGUGGUCACCAAGGAGAAAAAUAAGAAAGUCAUGUUCCUGACUAAGAAAAACAAAGAGAAGGACUUGGAACCGAAGAGCCAAGUAAUUGAGGGGAUCACACGCCUGAUCUGCACAGCCAAGCACCAAAACACCAUGCUCCGUGUUUGUAUUGACGGCGUCGAGUGGAACGAUGUGAAGUUUUUCCAGCUGGCCGCACAGUGGCCGACACACGUCAAGCAUUUCCCCAUCGGCAUCUUCGGCUACACAAAGAGCGCGUGAGGAUAAAGGAAAGGAACCAGCCCGAGGCAACAGCCUCGGGGAGGACUUGGGCUCUGCCAUGCUGAACAGAGGAGGGAUGAUCCAGCUCCUUGCUUCUGCCGAAGAUGACUGACUGGACUGGACUGCCUGAAGGCCCAGGGCUGGAGCCCUGAUCCGGCCAGGGCCCUCUUUGGCUCCAUUUGUUCUGUGCAAGGAGCAUCCCGAUUUGCUUUACGUCUCACCCAUGAGGUUUUUUUU